UUUACGUGCAGACGUCAGUUUAACGUAAGAGAGCGUCGUGGAUACGGUCCGUCCGAUAUUAUCCUCCCCGACUGUCAGCGUGGAGCGCAGAAAGUUGCCUUGAAAAGCAUAAAAACGGUAAAUAAAUGCGGUUUAUUAACCGACAGUCUGUCACCGUGGAGUGACGUCAGACGGCAUUGGUAACCAUGGCAACAGAAGAGAGCCGUAAAGCCGAGUUAGAGGCCGGGUUUUCUGUAAGCGAUGAAGAAAUGAAGAAGUGGAUGUCGAGAGCUUUUGAAAUGGCCAGAGAGGCGCUGCAGAGCGGCGAGGUUCCGGUCGGAUGCCUGCUGGUCCACGGACAGGAAGUGGUGGGGAAAGGCCGGAACGAGGUCAACGAGACCAAAAACGCGACGCGUCAUGCUGAGAUGGUCGCCCUGGACCAGCUGCUGGACUGGUGUCGCCGUGGCAACCUGGACGUGAGGGGCGUGUGCGAGCGGACGGUGCUGUACGUGACGGUGGAGCCGUGUGUGAUGUGCGCCGCAGCGCUGCGCCUCAUGAACGUCCCGCUGGUCGUCUUCGGCUGCAGCAACGAGCGGUUUGGAGGCUGCGGCUCGGUUCUGGACCUCUCUUCUGCUGAGCUUCCUGACACCGGGACGACCUUCAGGUGUGUUCCAGGUCACAGAGCAGAUGAAGCUGUUGAGAUGCUGAAAACUUUCUACAAACAGGAGAAUCCAAACGCCCCGAAACCCAAAGCCAGGAAGGACUGACCUGGUUUAAUAUUUAUGUUAUUUACAUGUUGUGUUAUUAUUUUUGUUAAUAAUAAAACCUGUUUAUAUUUUGGAGCAACGUU